AUCAACAUGUGGUCACGCUGCAGAAAUGCAAAACAACAAAAGUUCUUUAGGUUUUAAGUGUUUGUAAAAAAGUAAAUUAAUCGAAAAACGAACAAACGGAGUGAAUAUUUUGCACUUCAACUUGCACACAAUUAACAUAUUGAAACGCACGCGGGACGUGCCUUCCACACAAUGCAAUUGUGCCUCUGGUCCAUACUCAAAGUGACGCUAGCAAUUGCGUUCUAUGCGCCCAGUGAAUCUCUAGCCUAUAAAAUUGUGCGUCUUCAAGACAAUCUGUGUUCAGACAAGCUAUUCUUCACACUAGCCAAGCCAUUCCGCGGCGAUCCCACCCUACGGCUGACAGAUGAUCACGAUUCGGCUGCAAUUAUAACCCAAACAUGGAAUGUCACAAUGCCCAGUGGUGGCCACUCGGUGAACAAGAUCAAAUACGACUGCAAGUUUCGAGUGCAGACCAAUGAGCGGCCGCCGCGGGGCAUUUACACCAUAAUCACAAGGCUUAAGCUUCGAAGCGAUCCGGUGACGAAGAAAUGCAUCGAUUAUAUUCAGUUCAGCAAUGGGAAUCGUUCGCCCAGCGAACGCAUUUGCAAUGACAUCUCAAUUGAUGGGCCAGCUGGCCGUUUGGUCUUCGAUCAGCGCGAUCGCGAUGUUCAUGUGCAUAUUUUCAUCGAUGGGGAUCGACAUAUUUUCGAGGAUCCACUGGAGUUGCGAAUGGUGUUGACAACGCAUUCGGAGUGUCAGUUUGCUGGCGAUUUUCUAUGUAAUCCCAAGGAUCAAUACUCGUGCAUAUCGCGACAUUUUGUACGCGACAACAUCACGAAUUGUAUGUAUCCGUGUCGGGAUGAAGGCACUUGCUUCCACGAUGCCAUAAUUUCCGAAGUGGACACCACGAAUGUUGCGAUAUCGGCAAUAACAUCGCUCAUUUUCACAAUGCUUGGCGUGGGUUUUUGUGUUUGGAUCUGCUGGAAAUAUUGGAAUUGCAUCACGGUGCAGCAGCAUGCCCAUGAAGCAUCUGCCGCUCGCUUUAAUCAGCGACGUGCACGGACGGACGUGCCAACUAUUGAGUUGCCCACAGCGCCGACAUACGACGGCAUGCUGACACACGAUCUGUCCCCCAAUUCGCAGGAACAUCACCAGCAACAACAACAACUGCAGCAACCGGCAACACCAAAAGAUUUGCCACCCAGCUAUGAAUCACUUUUCCCAGACAGAUAAGGGCUGUCUACUACAAAAGAUCGAUAGAUUGUUCCCUAUUUGUGCCAGAUCGAACCAAAAAAAACAAAGAAUACUCAUGUCAGCAAGCACUUGGGUAAUUAAUUACAAUAGGUAAUUGCAUAAUUGUCACAUGAACAAAACGAAAAAGAAA